ACUGCCCAAGCUUUUAGGGGAAGUGGAGCUUGUGAAUAAUUCAGCCUCUCGCUGAGAUGAAAACGCCCUAAUAGAGCUAAUGGACUUGCUGCCUCCAGAGUGGACCGUUGAGGGACUCGCCUCAUUCACCAAUUGCCGCUGACGCUCCGCAGCGACACUCCCUAACGACAUAGCCACUGCGCUGGAUCCUUAGAUCCCUACUAACCAGCCUGUGGCCUUUUUAACGCACAGCCACCCUCGGAGGCAGCGGCAGUUUGCAGGCCAGCCGGCACCAUGUUGUCCAUGACGUACAGCGAGAGCCUGCGGAGUGUGAGCAGCAGGUGUCACUCGGACUGGGCCCUGCACCCCGUCCGCCAGACGGACACGUUGGAGCUGCAGCGGCUGCGGGAGGUGCGGGCAGCUGCCCAGGCCAGGAACAUGGAGAGCUUCCUCCGCAUGCACGGCCUCUCCCUGGACAGCUGCACCGCCCAACGCACAGGCAUGAAGUAUCGGAACCUCGGCAAAUCCGGCCUGCGCGUCUCCUGCCUGGGGCUUGGAACAUGGGUGACCUUCGGAGGCCAGAUCACCGACGAGAUGGCAGAGCAGCUAAUGACCUUGGCCUACGACAAUGGCAUCAACCUCUUCGACACCGCAGAAGUCUAUGCAGCUGGCAAGGCUGAAGUGGUCUUAGGAAACAUCAUUAAGAAGAAGGGAUGGAGGCGGUCCAGCCUUGUAAUUACCACCAAGAUCUUCUGGGGCGGAAAAGCGGAGACGGAGAGGGGCCUCUCAAGGAAGCACAUCAUAGAAGGUCUGAAGGCCUCGCUGGAGCGGCUGCAGUUGGAGUAUGUGGAUGUGGUGUUUGCCAACCGCCCAGACCCCAACACGCCCAUGGAAGGGGACCCAUUUAGUUCCUCCAAGUCCAGGACAUUCAUCAUAGAAGAAACGGUGCGGGCCAUGACCCACGUCAUCAACCAGGGGAUGGCUAUGUACUGGGGCACGUCACGCUGGAGUUCCAUGGAGAUCAUGGAGGCCUACUCGGUGGCCCGGCAGUUCAACCUGAUCCCGCCCAUCUGCGAGCAGGCAGAGUACCACAUGUUCCAGCGGGAGAAGGUAGAGGUGCAGCUGCCCGAGCUGUUCCACAAGAUCGGAGUGGGCGCCAUGACCUGGUCCCCGCUGGCCUGCGGCAUCGUGUCCGGGAAGUACGACAGUGGCAUCCCGGCCUACUCCAGGGCCUCCCUGAAGGGCUACCAGUGGCUAAAGGACAAGAUCCUGAGUGAGGAAGGCCGGCGCCAGCAGGCGAAGCUGAAGGAGCUGCAGGCCAUUGCCGAGCGCCUGGGCUGCUCCCUCCCACAGCUGGCCAUAGCCUGGUGCCUGAGGAAUGAGAGUGUCAGCUCCGUGCUUCUGGGCGCGUCCAACGCAGAGCAGCUCAUGGAGAACAUCGGCGCAAUACAGGUCCUUCCAAAACUGUCAUCCUCCAUCAUCCAUGAGAUUGAUAGCAUUCUGGGAAAUAAACCCUACAGCAAAAAGGACUACAGGUCCUAAGCUGCACCUGCCACCCACCAGGACAGUUUCCGGCCCCCUCCUCGCCUGUCUGCUGCUUACGCUGUUUCCACACCAAGUGCACAGUGGGUCUGCAUCCAAGAGAGCCCACCACGCCCAGACACCACCGGCCGUGACCUCCACGUUGCCGACAGAUGCCGCCUGCUGCUUCGCCAGACGCUGUGGGGUCUGUGCCUGCCUGUAGCCUCCACUCCUCCGGGAAGAAACCAAGUUUGUACCCAGCCUUUCACGAAGACUCCCAAAGACAAGGCCAGGCCACCACCUGGCCAGGCCCUCAGGGCAGGCAGGGUGGGCCUCUUCCCUGCCAAAACCCCUCCUGGGGUCUUCUCCAGUACCUCCCCUCCCACGGGCUCCAGGCACACUGUGCCCAGUCUAACCCCAAGCCCCUUCCACCACCCUUGUCACCCUAGUCCGACCCUAAGCCUGCUGGGCCUUGGCAGGGCCACAGCUGUCCGGCUGGCCCUUGGCUCCCACACCUACCCUUGCUGGCAGGGGCAGAGACCCCAGGGAGAUUGGCGCUGUGGUUGGAGACCCACAAAACUUUGGGCAUCUAAUUUUGGGCUAAUCGUCCUAUUGUGUUCAGUCCUGUACACAGUCAAGGAACCCCUGCCAGGAGGCCCGGGAACUCAGGAAGCACCCCGGGGACCAGGUCCCUCCAUCCCAAAUGCAAAGCCCCGAUGUCUAGACCACAGCUGCAGACCACAUCCUGGGCAGGUGGCACAGCUCAGGCACCGUGCCCAAGGCUGUGCUCCUCUAGGUUGGCAGAGACCUUCCUCUACCCCUCUGCUCUGACCAAGGCAACAGGCUCGGCUUCUGCCAAGAGGACCCGCUCAGCCCGUUCCCAGGCAGGGUCCCCGGGUGCAGGUGCAGGGGCUCAUACCCAGCAGAAACUCCCACUGUGCAGGACAAGAACCCAGGGAUUAUGUGAACCCUGCUCCCCAGAGGGCGGCCGUGGUCACUCCCUUGCAUGCAGCCCCUGCACGGCCUCAGGUGAACUGAGAGGGGGAGGUAAACAUGGCAGAGCCCCCGACCCUUAGCAGCAGGGGCUGGAGAGUGGGACACAGCCAGGCUCUGGGGGUGUGCACUGGCUGGACCCAGUCCUAAGGGGACCCAGCCUUCAAGCUGUGCGGGGCCAGGGCUGCACAGACCCCGCCCCCCACCAGCUACACCCCCUGGCCCUGUGGAGGAGCCAAGCUCCGCCUGUCAGUGCUGCCCAGCCCAUGCCCUCCACCAGGUGUGUGGAGGAGCUGCCAUUCCCUCCCCUGCCCAGGGCCUGCUAUCCAGUGCAGGCUGGGUGCGAGCCAGGACAGUGGCUGGAAGAGAGCCAGAGACACAGGCAGAGGAGUUGAACGAGGGCGAGAGGAGCCAGGUGCCUGGCUGCCUCCACUCCCCGGGUCCUCACUGGCCCUGGAGUGCAAAACCCCAUGGUGCCCUAGUCCAGGUCCUGGGGCACUUGUCCCCCCUCACCCUGCUGCCAGCUUCCAUCAGAAGGCAACCUAUGGCUAUGUGGGGGGCAGGGCCCUCCAGACAGGGGCCACCAGGCUGUAGCCACCCCUCUGUGUUAAGACUGGAGGUGGCUGUCCUGGGACAGGCCCUGUGGGGGCCUGCAAUAUGCAGGUCACCUAUCCUUGGCUAACAGGUGGUCACUGGCCCUGCCUGCUGCAGGGAGGAGGAAUGUGGCUUGCCCAGGGCCUGGCUCUUAGGGACCACCCUGGGGAAGCUGGAAUCCCUGUUGGCUGUUUGCCCAAGAAAGGGAGACCUGAGGGAGGUCCACAUGCACAGGACCAGGCCACCUCUGGUUCUAGGGGUGCUGUUCCAGCCAUAGCCACCCACAGGGAGAACAGGGCUGUACACGCUGGGUCGGGGCUCGGGAAGGAUGGGCGCCAAGGGCCGGUCAGGGCAGCUCGAGGGUCCUGGCAUGGGCCCAGGUCUCCCUUCCACAGUUCCAGCUGCCCUGUCCAGAGGCCAGCCCGGGCCGGUCUUCAUCGCUGACAGCGGGGCCCACCCCGCCCUCCAAAACCCAUGGUGAGGGCCCAGGCCCGCCCCCUCCACCACACAGCCAUGUACAUAACUAGCUUUCUCUCCUGUUUUCUAAUGACCGUGGUUCCUCCGCUAACUAUGUCCCCCCAGGCAGAGACCAUCGCGCCUCCAGCUUCCGGAACAGCCACGUAUUUAUGGAAUGGCAAAUAAAACCCAAGCCG